GAGAGGUUUUGGUGACUUGAAUUGGUCAGCAUUUGAAAACUCGGUUUCUUAGUCCCACUCUUUUUUCACAUCCCUCUCUGCUCCCAGAAGGUGUCUUCAAACUCAGAUGCCUCAAUAUAAGACGAAGAGUUCCUAUUGGAGAAGAUCAAGGAGCACAAUUCACAAACUUUUGAUGUUUCUGUAAACAAUCAAAGCCACCAAGGAAAAGAAAUGGAGAAUACUUUUACCUCGGAAUACAUGGCGCUGAUCAACGAACUGUCUCAAGGAAUGGAGCAAGCUAAACAGCUUCGACUUCAUUUGUACUUGACAUCUCCUUGUGGAGCUCAUGAUUUUCUUCUGCAAAGGAUAUUAUCUUCUUAUGAAAAGUCUCUGUUGAUUCUCAAGUCGAGAGGAACUGCAGGAAAAGUUGAAGCAACGUCUUCAGUAUCUGUUGAUGGAAGUUCUUACAGUGGGGAUUUGAAGAACAAUAUGAAUCAGCAGGAACAUAAAGAUACACCAAAGCAAAGAAAACAGUUGCAUACAUGGACAGAACUAGUGAGAAUUAACUCGGAAAAUGGGCUUGAAGGACCUACAGAUGAUGGGUAUAAUUGGAGAAAGUACGGGCAGAAGGGCAUUCUGGGAGCUAAAUAUCCCAGAAGCUACUAUAGAUGUAAAUACCGUCAUCUUCAAAACUGUUCCGCAACAAAGCAAGUGCAGGGAUCUGAUGAUGAUCCUACAACAUUUGAGAUAACAUACAAAGGAACACAUACGUGUAAGCAUUCUGCGAAUGGAGUUCCACAGCCAGCAUCAAUUGGAAAACAAGAAUUAAGACAUAAUUCUCACAAACAUCAAUCACAAACGAACCAGAUGCUUUUAAACAUCCGAGCAGAUCACAGAGUCCAAACUGAGGACUUGGAGAAAACCGAGAAGCCAUCUGUGUCCUCAUUUCCCUCAACAUUUGGAUGCUUAGGAGAAAAUUCUACGUUCCUGAUCUCUACGCUUGUUGAUGACAAUCACUUCGAUUCUUAUUCUCAAUUCAUGUCAGAAUCAAAUUACUUACCCUACCAGAGGAGCAGCUUUGAGGGUGAUCAUAAUUUACAAUUCCUAGAGUCUGAUGUUGCUGAGAUAAUAUCAGCCAACACUUCGACAAGCAAUUCUCCAAUUAGAACCAUGGAGUUCCCAGUUGAACCUUAAUUUUCCAUUCGACACCUCAGGAUUUUCUACAUAAUCAUAAAUUUGAUGUUGCAGAAGAGGAAAAUAAAUAGAAGAUAACGUGAUUCUGUACCACAGUAUUUGAUCCUUGUCGCAUUAAAAACCAGAGACAUUCUUGUAAAAAUUAGUUAUAGUCUCAAAAUGCUAGCAGAUAAAUUAGGAAGUAAAAAUCUAUUUAUUAAAACUUCUGCAGUCUAAUUUUCAUUUACAGCU